CAGAGAGAGAGAGGCCGCCGAGCUGCUGCUGCUGAGCACCGUGGGUUCAAUGCCACUGCUCCACCCGGUUUACACACUUUACCCCCAGAACCACACGGUCACGUCCGGGCGAUUCCCAGGCUCCGUCGCCUCCUCAAAUGUCCCCCGGAGCUAGCUAGCUGGUUAGCUUCCUGGUUAGCUUCCUGGAUUAGCACCGUCCUGCUUGCUUCGCUUUGUUGGGACAUUCAAACUCAACCCCCCCCCCCCCCUCACUGCUGGAUCUACACCCGCCGGACACCCAGCCAUGGAGUCGGUGAAUCUGUUCGACCAGGCCAGCCCCGUUAACACCGUUUUGAAAAGUAGGCCCGACGCGAUCCCCGGCCUUUCCUCGCUGUCGUCGCCGCACUGCAGGACCCUGUUCUCCCCCGGACCCGCGGCGGUGCUGUCCCCGGUCACCAACCUGGCGCUGGACUUGGACAACCUCGCCGUACUCGGAAGCCUCUGUGAUACCCCGAAGAGGAGAAAGCAACCCCGGCUGGAGAAGGUUCCCUCCUUCGCCUCUGACGUCUCAUCUGAUGCCGGCCUCGGCAUGGAUCCCCCGAGCCCCAUGGACGCCGUGGAAGUGGAGGACACAUUUGAAAGAGCAAUUCAACAGUCGAGAAGAGUUGUCAACGAGAAGAUACCAAUUCGAAGAAUCAACUCAUUGCCACUCCAGCUCCUGGGUUUCAGUCCAUCUCUAAAAGGACAGGAAACAGAUUCUCAUCGCUAUGGAAUAUUCGGACAACAACCCUCCCAAACUAAUGCCGCCUCCUCCUGUCAACACGAAAACAAAGAAAACAUGCCGGAGGAGGGCUUUGAAUUCAAGAAACCAACCAAACCAGUGUCCCGGUGUCGGCUGCGCUCCUUCCACGGUGGACAGUCUAAAGACGCCUUCGCUCGCCGCCCCAGCUCAGCACCAGCGCUCAUGUUUUCCUCACCUCCUCCAAUCCAGCAGCUGGACUUUUUUGACUCCAGCCCGGUGUUCCAGAGACGCUCCUCUGGCAGCUCUCUCAACGAAGAUGACGAUGAUGGAUUUUUUGGUGUUCUGGAUGACAACAUGGAGAAUGACUCUGGGAUGCCGAUGGGAAUGGCCAGCUUGCUCACUGCCCCACUGGUUUCUGACAGUUCAGGAGAAGACUCUCCUGUGAUUCGCUGCCGGCCGCGGAGCUUGUUUCGCUCGCCCUCCAUGCCCAGUCCACUGUCCCGGCCCUGUGCCAAGCGCCCCGACUGCCCCGGGGACGACGUCACGCCGGUCAGGGUGAAACGCCGACGCAGCGUGGCAGGAACACAAGUCACCAGCCUGGAGCAAAACCCAGAAUCCCCACGAAUGGGCUGCUCCUUGUUCCAGAGAUCCAAAUCCUUCUGUCAGACCGACAUCGAGAAGCUGCUGGACAGUGAGGACAGCUCUAAGGAUCUGAUAGGAGAUUUCACCAAGCCUUUUGUAUUACCCACGGUGGAAGGCAAACAUCAAGACCUCAAGUACAUUACCCCAGAGAUGAUGGUGUCCGCUCUGACUGGCCAGUUUGACCAUCUAGUUGAGCGAGUGAUUGUCAUUGACUGUCGCUAUCCCUACGAGUUUGAGGGAGGACACAUCCAGGGAGCGCUGAACCUGCACCAGGAGGAGCAUGUGGAGGAUUUCCUCCUCAAGACCCCAAUCAUCCCGUCCUCCUCGGAGAAACGAGUCAUCAUCGUCUUCCACUGCGAGUUCUCGUCGGAGCGCGGCCCUCGGAUGUGCCAGUUCGUCAGGAAGCAAGACCGCGCCAUGAACGAGUACCCGGAGCUCCACUACCCCGAGCUCUACAUCCUCAAAGGAGGAUACAAGGAGUUCUUCCCUCAUUUUCAGUUGCAAUGUGAACCUCAGUCGUACCGGCCCAUGCACCACGAGGACUACAAGGAAGACCUGAGGAAGUUCCGCCUGAAGAGUCGCACCUGGGCCGGGGAGCGCAGCAAGAGAGACAUGUACAGCCGACUGAAGAAGCUUUGAGCGCCUCCCGAACUGCCUCAAACACUCUGCCAU